CACACACACACACACACACACACACACAACACACACGUGCGCGCGUGCAUGCAUGUAUGCAUAUAUCUUUUUAUUUGUUUAUCUGUACGUUUUUUCUUUCUUCUUUUUUAAAUAUUCAGGCGUUCUCGUGACUGGAUAAAAGGAAAUUUAGAGGCAGCAAGAACAAACUUGAUGAUAAUUACUUAAUUAUCUCUAUGAUUCGAACGCAGGGAAAGUGGUGGGCGGGCUCCAUCAGCACUGGGACAGAGGUCUCAUAUACCCCGUGGGCGUGGGUGUGGGCGUGUGGGACCGAACGGCCGGGAGACACGCCCUUCUGCACUCCCACAAUCGCCCCAUCACCGCCAUAGCUAUCUCCAGGCCGGGCAACCUUAUCGUGUCGGCGCAGAACAGCGAUCCCGGGUGUCAGGCGAAAGUCGUAAUAUGGGACUACAGAGAGCGUGUGGAGCUUGGGUCCUACAGCGUGCACCGGGAGGAGGUGGCCGCCGUGGCAGUGUCAGCCGGAGAGGAAAUCGUCGUCAGCCUCGGGGGGCCCCUGGACGGCUACCUGGUCGUCUGGCACGUGGAGACCAAGAAGCCUCUCUGCAGUGUCAUCGCCGGUGACCCUGGCUUAGGCCUCACGACGCUUCUGUGCACCGCCCCUGUCACGCCCACCCUGAUGCUGGUGGGAGGGCAGAAGCUGCUGAGGGCGUGGACCUUGAAUAGUAGUAACAACAGACUCAUGCCCACGCCCAUUGCUGUCGGCCUACUUGAGAGAAAUUACACCUGUUUGCAGGUUGACGCCACCGAAGAGCACCUUUACGCCUCCACCACCACGGGAGAUGUGGUCAAGAUCCGCCUCAACAUGGUGAACGGGAAGUCGGUUUCAGGAGGAGCGGUUUUGGUAGCAGUCAUGGCGCCAAAACCGACGCCCAUUCCUGGUGGUCCUAAGCUUUCUCGGGCGCCAACGCCAGGUAUCCAGAUCAUGGUGGUGUUACCCGGAGAUGACAUCAUCGUCGGGGAAAUGGGGGGUACGCUGCGGGCGUAUCGGCAGCUGGAGAAGAAGUCGGAGGAUGGGCGGCCGAUCUGCGCCCCUCCGCCGCGCGCCCAUGGAACGGUCAAGUACACCCACCCGAAGGACCCGACGCAGCCACUCCUGUCGCAGAUAUGGUCAGUCGCCGUCGGAUCGACCAUCACGUCCCUGAGCCUGGUGGGUGACCUGCUGGUGGUGGGGACGGUGCAGUCGGAGAUGCACGAGCUGGUCCUGCCCUCCGCCGACGACUCCGGCGGCGGCGGGGCUCGGGGCUCGGCCAGGACUCCGAGGAUGAAGCCCGCCAGGAGACCUUCGGCAGACGCUAAGGCGAGUCGACACGCUGCGAGCAACGGAAGGGAGAAGAAAGGAGACAAGAAUAACGCGAGGAGGGUCACUACAUGCGAAAACAACGGAGAAAGGGAUGCGGGGAUGAUUGCUCGUGUGGGAUCCACGCCUCCCGAGGUUCAUCUGCUGUCCACUUGUCAUCCGGACCCUCUCCACGACGUGACUUUCCCGAGGGGUGUGGGCGACCUGGUGGUGAGCGCCGGCGUGGGCGGAAUUCGGGUCUGGAAUGUUCGCUCGCUGGACGAGAUGCUGCGAGUGUCUCUCCCCGGCUUAGUAUGCUGCUGUUGCUGCGUUACUCAUACACUGCAUACCAUUGUCACAGGGUGGAGUGAUGGGCGUCUGCGCGGACUCGGGGCUGAGAGCGGGCGUGUGGUGUGGACCGUGGACGACGCCCACCACGGCGGGGUCAAUACCAUCACGACGCUGUGCUCCGGCAAGGUCGUCUCGGGCGGGCGUGAUGGGCGGGUAAGUUUUGGGUCGUUGCGAUAAAAACAAAAAAAACAAUGGAAGUAAAAUAGAAGCGCAAAAGGUCCCCAUAAACUGAAAUACUGUUAUGAUGUUUCGUGUUGAGGUCGUAUUGGUGAUGGUCCAUGUUUUCCUUUCCUUGUCGAUAUAUUUUCAUUAUUCAAAUGAAUAUUUUUUUCAUAGUCAUUACUUUGCUGCUUCGUUGCUCCCGUUUGAACUUCUUUUUCAUCAGGAACAGAUAAAAAGGCUACUCGAAAAAAAAAGAAAUUGAUCAUGGAAUUAAAUAUAGUACGAGGCUGAACACAAACCUGGAUACGAGAACAAAGUUGUACUGGAAGACACGA